GUUUAAAGAAAACCGUAAAGAUGAUAUUUGGCUCGUAGAUUUUUAUGCACCUUGGUGCGGCCACUGCAAGAAACUGGAGCCUGUGUGGAAUGAAGUGGGCAUAGAAAUUAGAAACAUGGGCUCUCCAGUAAAAGUUGGGAAGAUGGAUGCAACUUCCUUUUCUAGUAUUGCAUCUGAAUUUGGAGUGCGAGGCUAUCCAACAAUUAAGCUCUUAAAAGGUGACCUGGCAUACAACUAUAGAGGACCUAGAACUAAAGAUGAUAUAAUUGAAUUUGCUAAUAGAGUAGCAGGACCUCUUAUCAGGCCACUUCCUAGCCAGCAGAUGUUUGAGCAUGUGCGAAAGAGGCAUCGUGUACUUUUUGUGUACGUUGGUGGUGAAUCUCCGUUAAAGGAAAAAUAUAUUGAAGUUGCUUCAGAACUAAUAGUUUAUACAUACUUUUUUUCUGCCUCAGAAGAUGUGCUGCCUGAGUAUGUGACAUUGCCUGAAUUGCCUGCUGUUGUGGUCUUCAAAGAUGGAACUUACUUUGUUUAUGAUG